CCUGCUCUUGUUGGGUGGCUUUUGCAUGCUGCUAUUGCCCCCUUCGCCGUGCUUCGCAGCCACAGCAAAGCUUUCAGAUUUGCACCAGAGCCAUGUUCGAGGGAAUCAUCAACAGUUUGCUGGAGAAAUACUUGGCGCCAUAUUUGGAGAACAUGUCCUCAACCAAUCUGCGGUUCCGCCUUGGAAAGAUGAGCGCCAAGAACUUGAAGCUCAAGAGCCACCUGUGUGCUCUUCUGGGCUUCAGUGAGCUUGAACUACAGGUUGGGGAGCUGAAGGUGUUGGACAUCGAAGUUCCUUUCCUUGCUCUAUUCUCCGGGGACAUCAGCAUCAAAGUGCAGAACCUUGAGGUGCACGCCAUAGUCCAGAAAUCCACCAGCAAGUCAGCAAAGGAGCGCUUGGCGGAGCUGCGGCAGACGCGCUUGGACGCAGUUGAACACAAGGCUGCCCAACAGAUAGAGGUUAGAAAGCACCAGAAAGUCGUAGAAGCUGCAAAGCAAGAAGGUAAAGAUAUAGAUGCCGGGAUGGUUGCCAAAGUUGCACGGCAUUUCAUAUCCAAUGUGAAGAUUGAGAUGAGCGAACUUUCGUGCCGUGUGUCGGACCCCGAGAGUGGCGCCCAUGUAGCUGUGGACCUGGGAGAGCUUUUUGCUCAAGCUCCGACGGAGGAGGAGGUUCUGAAAGCGACGACAACACAGACGGAUGUUGAGGUUUCCAGAAGUACUUCCAACUUUGACGUGGAUGGAGCACGCUUCACCAAGGCGAUUGGUUUCAACAACUUCUACGUCAAGGGUGGCUACAAAGUCUCCUCCAACAUGAUCUCUUUGCAUCGGCUGCAGCUGGUUCUCCUUGCCGGGCCCGGAAAGAUGCAAGCGGAGAUUGAUUUUGGCCUUCCUGAAGGCCGUGAUGGUCGUCCCAAACCUCCUGAUGAAGUGACCUUGACAGGGGAGCAAAUCACGGCCUGCAUCAUGCUCUCAAAUGCUCUUGGCGAAGAGAGCAAAAGAUUGCAUGCGCUUCUCAUGCCACCAGGGGCAGAGCGAAUGGUGAACUUGCACACGAAAGAGGGAAUCAAGAAAGCCGACCGAGAGUAUGUCGCACUCUCGACCAGAUAUUACCGCAAGGAGCUGCUGGAAGUUGUGUCCCACAAAAGAUUGCAAGAGCUGGAAGAAAGUGAGCAGUGGCGCUUGCAAGUGAUGCGAGACGUUGUGCCACUGCCAAUGCAAGCUGAAUGGUUUAUGCCCGUAAUGGAAGAAUUGCAGGAGGCGAGAAAAAGGGAUGCAAAGAAGGAGGCAUCCUGGCACAACAAGAUGCUCCAGAAGUGCUCCUGCUGGAGUGAGGAUACCAUGCAGAAAGAUCCACAGAGGAUGAUGAAGGAGCUUCAUGAGGAGGCGGAGGGGCUCAAAGAUGUGAUCGUUCCGAACGACUUUAGCCUGGAACUCCAGAUCGGGAAGCUGAUUUUAGAACUUUAUGACCAAGAGGACCAACUUUUACAGGUUACGUUGAACACCGCUGGGUUGGUUGCAAACGUCAGCCAGAAGGUCGACCACCGCGGAGAGCAAAGUGCAGAUUGGGAUUUUAGUUUUGUUCUGCAGUCUUUCAGCAUUGGCAUCAAUCAUCAGUAUGAUAAUAUGCUGCGAUUCGGCACGGCGAAUGACAAGCCUGCCUUCAGAGUAAAUCUGGACAACAGACUGGAAGAAACCAAAAACGUUAUUGCUGUUAGCCUUUCCAUGCAGCCCCUUGAGCUGUUCUUCCAUGACUCUUUGAUUCGCAGUCUUCGAAAGCUACAAACGGACAUCAUUAGGGCGACAAAGCAGGAACCAAGUCAAGAGGAGAUUAAGCCCAAUGCCAAGAUGCAAGAUAUAGUCCAGCAGAAGAAGACGGAGGAGGAAGAAGAGGUCCUCCAAAGCUAUUACGCAAUGGGCAAGGCAUGGAUGGAAACAAGCGCAGGCAAAGAUAUGCUAGAAGAGGCAAAGAAAAGGACUCCAGAUGAGCUGGAACUCUCUGUGGAGCUUCAAGCACCGCGGAUCUACUUCCCAGUUCUCGGCAAGGCCGCAGUCCAUAUAUCCCUGGGUGUUUUGACGGCGGAAAGCAAAAAACCCUUUACAAUGGAGUCUGGUGAGCUCACUGUUCAACUGCAUCCGGCAGAGCGAGAACCCUUAUUGGCAGUGCUGACCCGGCAGGGUGUAAAGCACCCCAUGAUCGCGUCGAGGCCCCUAAUCACCACGCUGGCUUUCGAUGAUAGCUGCGCGCGUGUUGUCGUGCAGCUUGAAUCGAUGGAGAUCAAAGCAUCUCCUGACUUGAUACAAAUUCUGGCUACAAUUCCCAAAGUGCUCCAAGAAGCCAUGAAGAUAGAGGAAGAAGUGGAGGUAUUGGAGGAAGAGGUGGAAGAGCUCCAAGUGGUGCCGAAGCCCAAAGCAAAGCCCGCCAUACAAGCACCUGUAGAGAAGGCCCAUGAGGACUCACCCUCAAGACGAAUAUACCAAUUCCUGUUGGACGUUCAGAACAUUGGGAUCAUGCUUGACAGUGACAUAGACCGGUCUGCUCCGGUUCUUCGUGUUUUCGCCGCCCUGAGGUCCGUGGAGGUUUGCCAGCAUGGCAGACAAAUACACAUGCCUUUGGAAACCUUUGCUUUGUCAGCAGGCGGCCCCUGCAAACAGAUGAUGCGGGUCAAAGCCGAUGGAUUUAAUUUGGAGGUUGGCAGGUUUGAGCCACUUCUUGAAACCUUUGAACUUGGAUGCCAGCUUGUGAAAGAUGACAUCACGGGUACGGAAGUCCAUGUGUUCGGCCGCAAACCCCUCCUUUUGAAUGUGAAUCCAGUCAUUCUACGAAGACUCCAGUGGUAUAGCCGCAGACUGGCAGGCUCAGUAGUCCCUAUGCCAGACGAGCCAAAGCCAGUGCCCGUCCGGUAUGCCCUCUUGAAUUUGAGCGGAGUUCCAGUUGGGUUGCACCUCAAGUUGAAAGAUAUUGCCGCAGAUGCCUGGAUGGAUGUGCCGCCUACAGGCCAGACAUGGCGAUGCCUCGAUAACCUCGACUUCACAUUCCCACCCAGUGUAGGGGUGGCUGUUGCCGAGCCCCAUGUUCCUGCGUCACGUCGCCAGAUCGCCAGAUUGGAUCUUGGGCUUUUGAACUGCAUCAGGAUUCCAAACUCGCAGCUGAUCGUGCAAUUGCGGCGGCCCAGCGUGCUCGGUGCAGUUGUUUUGAUUUCCUCGAAAGUCCUGAUUUUCAACGAGACGUCCAUUCCGCUGGCCCUCCGCUUUGACGGGUCCAAGCCCCUGGUUUGGACGAGCUGUGCAAGCUCCGACCUUCUGGAUGGAACGGCCGACUUUUAUGAAUCUCAAGUUCGGGAUGGCUGCACACCAGGUGCAGUUCCUUCAUGGCUAAUGCCUGGCGGCCUUGCUAGUGUACCAUUGGAUCUUCCUCAGCCGAAAGACGACGACGAUGAUGACGACGAUGAGGAGGAUGAAGAUGAGGGUGCUACAAGUUGGGAGAUGAUGAUGCAAACCGAGCCAAAUAUGUGGGGCAAGGCCAGCUUUUCCUUCAACAGCACCUAUGCCUCCGUCCAGUGUGGCAGCCAGCACUUGCUUGCUGUGGUUGAUUACGAAACCUUAGCACCUCCAGCAUCAGAGAAGUUGAUGAAUGUCAAGCUGCUGCCACCUCUCCAGCUUACGUCAUGCCUGCCGUGCAAAGUUGAAGUACAAUAUCACAGCUUGGGUGAAGCUGUUGAAUCCUCACGACAAGUUGAGAUUGCGGAGACAGACACGGUGCGGAUCUAUGACAUCGGCUUUCCACAGACAGUUCGCAUUCGUGCCCGAGUUAUUGGUGGAGAAUGGUCAGAGUGGGGAACUUUGGAAUUGAACGAGGAGGACAUCGGGGAGGAAGAUCGCCGAUUGAGCAGACUAGAAGCAGAAAUGCAGGUUGAUACACCAGGAUUUGGCGAGUACACCUUCGCAUUGCUGGACAAGGGCAAUGGCAAGGUGCAGCUUUGCUGCCAGACUUGGCUUAUUGAUAGGACAGGGUGGAAUUUGAGCGUGGAACGUGAAGGUCCCCUCAUUGAUGCUGGAGAUGGAGUGCUCCUGUGUGGGAACAAUGUGAAAUAUCACAAAAUCAGCUCCAAUGGCAGAUGUGGACCUGAAUUUUCGUUACCUUCAGGCCAGAACGAUUGGACCAUCACCACAACGCACGAGGGCACCAACGUGACAGUGCGUGCGCGUCCAUUGCCUGGCCAGCAGGAUCACACAACUCGCUGCUUGGAAAUUGUGCCCCGGCACAUCGUCCAGAAUUUGACUGAGCACCCGGUGGAAUUCAGGUCAGGCGAUUGCCGCGUUGUGGUCCAGCCUAUGGACAUGGAAUCGCCAAAGUUCACGUCCGAAAACCUGCAGUUUCGCCCUUCCACAGCUUCGGCUUGGUCAGUUGAUAUUCCCGCAAUUGAGGAGUCUGCAGGCACCGCAUCUAUUGCGGUGGGUCGAUUCUGUUGGACGGUGGACAUCCGUGCUGACCAUGGCACCAUCUAUGUGUCCAUCAAACCUGGCAGCAAGUAUGCGCUCUGGAACAGGCUGCCGAAGGGUGAGUGUGAGAUCCGUGUGCGAUCAUUGCAGUUCCGCGCCCUUGCCGGUGAAGUCGUCGACUUUGCCUGGGUUGACCCAUUCUUCAAAGACAAGGAUCUCGAAGCAGAACUUAUUUUAGAAGAGGAGGACUUUACGAUAAAUCCGCGCACCAUGUACCAGAAGAAGUUACGUGGUCGAUUGGAGCUGUUCAGUUCUUUCGAAAACUCAACGACGUUCUUGGAAGUGCGGGAGAAACAGAGCUAUGAGCAACCAAUUGCGGCCAUGACGCUGAACCUGGUCCUUCCACGGAUUGGCGUGUCCUUGAUGGGCCGUUCGCCACAUCGGGUGCGCAUCUCUGAGCUCCUCUACCUCGAGUUGGCCCUACUGCAAGUGGUGGCAUCUACAAAGCCGAAGCAGGACAUGCAAGUGCUCAACUUCGCCCUUGGUGACCUGCAAUUGGAUUACCAAGUGCCAGAGAAUCCGCUACAACAUUGUGUAGUGAUUGGCAAUAGGGGUGUGUCAUCCCACACCUUAGCGCGAUCCUUUCUUCAAUUCCACCUUGAAAGGCAUCAGAUCUCAUCAUCAGAAAUGCAUUUGGCCUGCGUCUCUUUCAAGCUGGACGAUAUGGAGGUCACAGUUGACGACACCUUGAUCACCACAAUGCUCAACGUUUUGGACAUUCUCGUACCAGCACCGACCAAGACACAAGCUGGGUUUCCACUUGAUUCAGUGCAACAAGUGCGGAAGCAGGCCGGGGCCUCCAUUGUUCCAACACUUGACAAGAUUCCGGCGGCGGAACCAAUAUUUCAGAUUGAUGAGCUGAUGAUGUCCUCCAUCAGCGUGAAAAUCUGGAGUCGGAUCCGUCUGAAAAGGGUGAAGUCAUUCCUCCCAAGCUGGGCUUGCGGACUUGUAGGAGCAUUGUCCCUGUCGAACUCUAUGUCAAUGGAUGGAGCCGAAAUAUCUUUAUCAGCGAAGAGCUUGAAGAACAUGCUCGGCAAAGCUGCUGACCUGGCUUCUGGCUUCGUGCGGGAGUGGAUGGGCAACAUGCUGAAAUCUGUAGCUUCAUGCUUAGGCCAUUCGUCCUUGCUAGCUAUCCCAAAAGCUCCAAUGGAAUUGCUGGAAUCUGCAGGGGGCUAUGCAGCGCAAUUCGUUCCUGAUGCCGACUUGGACCACAUGGUGGAUCCAGACUAUGCUCAUCACCACAAGCUGCAGCGGCAGCAACCUAUCCGAGGCGCCUCUCAAGGAAUGCACAGUGCUGUGAGCAGCUUCGGUCAAGGGCUCAGCGGAAUGAUGGAUAUCUUCCGGAGACCCGUGGAAGGCGCCAAGCAGGAUGGUGUGAAGGGCUUUGUGAAGGGGGUUGGCACUGGCCUCGUCAGUGGUGUCGUCAAAGGUGUGACAGGAAUCAAAGAUGCUGCGAUGGACUUUGGGCGCGGCCUUGUGGCAGAGGCUCACAGAACCUUCAACCCGACGCAAGUGGUCAAAAAGCGAGUGAGGCAUCCCCGAGCAACGUUUGGACCCAUCGGUGCCAUCAUCGACUACUCAGAGCUAGAUGCCCAUGUCAUUGCUUACAUCCACAGCAAAGUCGACCCCAGAUGUGCAGUUGAAGCUGUCGUGCCACUCUUCAAGUGGAAGGACCAAAAGCCGCAAGACCAGCAAGACAAUGACAAGGUCCACGAAUCCAGUGAUGAAGACCAUCCUGAAACUGCACCUAUGGGGCCUAGUUUCGAGGCACUGGUGGUCACGAAGGACGAGAUUUUGCUGGCUGAAAUUCCCAACCAGAGGCUGCACGAGGUCAAGAGCUUUUACCCCGAUUUAGGAUACGAAAUGAGCGGGAAGAACAUGGUCCAUUCCCGCAUCCUUCAGCAUUUGCGCGCAGUGGAUCGGCCGGCCGGAUCCAAAUCCAGCUUUCAGAUUCGCCAUGCAAUCCCCUUUUCUUCGCUGAUCUCUGCAAAAUGGGCAGAGAGCAAACAAGAGGAGAAGGAACAGAAGCCCCCUUUGCAGUUGGAGAUCAGAGCACAACAAGCGAAUGGCCAGUUUGGGCACAUGUCAAUUAGCCAGCAGAGGAGCCUUCGCCCAUAUACUCUUGACUUGCCAAUGCCGUGGGGAGUAUGCCAAGAGCUUCCACAAUCGUUAAAAUCACUCCUAUCAUCUUAUGACUGCGGCUUACCACCGAAGCAGGUGGAAAUCUUGCAUUUGACAUUGUCGACCUUGCGUCGGGCAAUGCAAGGGGACGAGCUGGAAAACAAGACUGUGGUGGUGGAGGAAUGUUGGGAAGUGCAAAGGGCUGCAAUAGCAGCAGGCUUUGAGUCUGGGUGGCAGCUUCCCUUUCUACCAAAUGAACCAGAGCAGCAGAAUGGCUGGGUUGCUGAAGGUCUGCAGAGACGACAUCCACUGCUGGAUCCAAAUCGGAAUGCCGCGCGGAAAAAGAAAGGGCCACCCAUCAGACAGCUUCGUUUCUGGAAACCCAACGGAACGUGGCAGCGCGAGAUUAAUUCAGAUACCGACGCUGAAGGCUGGCAGUACGCCACUGGUUGGUCCAGCCGAGAUUGGCGAGCGGCACCUCGCAUCAUGCUUGAUGUUGUGCGGAGACGAAAAUGGACGUUGCAAUACACACUGAACUUCCUGGGCCAGAUGUCUUCGCCUUCGUUGCCCGCGCCAAAGCUACCUGUCUCGAUGGCUCCGUCUUUGGCGCCAUCAGUGACCGAGUCCGUGCCACCGUCAGCAGAUGUCUCAGCGUUUCCAUCGGCAGCGGCAUCCCCUACCCGAACGAAGCGCCGCCCAGAGCAGCCAGAAAGCUCAGCCUCAGCCAAGCCGGGUCCGAUUUCAGCUCGGCAGCUUCAUGACAUUGCUGCUGCGGCUGCCAGACGACAAUGGACCACCACACGCCGCCUGCCACUGCCAAGACCUUCGAGCAUUGCCUCUCCAAGCUCAGCUCAAUCACCAAGCUUUGCGCGACCACAAAGUGCAGCCAGCUCCAGUUACAGGCAGUCAACACAGGCAGUAGGACAGUCUCAUGGAGGUCAACUUCAGAGCUCUUUGCAUGUACCUCGGGUAGGGCAUGCGGGGCACGUACAGCCCACUGCAGCUACGACUGCAGUUGUCCAGACAGGAAGCUUCCCGCUAACCCGUGUCCCACAAAUGAGAGAUCCUCUCCUGGCAAGCUUUUCUUCAACAACCAGUAGGGUAUCAACUGCAACUGCUUCAAGGCCUCAAUAUCGCGUGGUGGUCAACCAAAGAUGAUGAUCACAAAUGCGUGCGGAGGUCAAGAAGCAGAAUGCCAACGCCAACGUUCAAUGCUCCUGUGGUAGAUGUGGUCGAAGGCACUCUUUAGCACGAGCCAAGACUUUGAAUGGCUUGCGCAGCAUGCGUCCACAUGUGACUGCCUUUCAGCUUGUUUCUGUUUCAUUAGAGUUUACGACAUCCUGUAAAAUAGGAUGUGUUCUCAGAGCUCGGCAAAGGAAAGGGCUCAUGAUGGUUUUAAAUGUAUAAACUUUACAGACAUCGGCAAAGGGCUCCGUUGAAAA